UACUUGAAUUACAGCUUGCGCAGGCCCAACGUGGCAUCCAGCAAGUCCCGGCUUGCAGGCUUAGAAAGGAGGAGGAUGCAGCCGAGAGCCUGGCUCGCGCUUUAAAGUUGCCUGCGUGUUUGUGCUUGUGUGUGUGCGUGUAUGCGCGACGCCGCUUGGGGGAGGGGAGCGAGCCCAGCUAGCCACUAGCAAGGAGAUCUUCUCUGUCUCCCUCUCCCCCCAACCUCCAACAAUACUUUAACUGUCAAUCAGGCUUAAUAGGGUAUAAAACCUGCUCCCAGGGCAAGGGAGCCGCGCCGGGAAGAUAAGAAAGUGUCCCAGGAGGAGCAGCCAGAGGUCGCCGAGAGGGAGGCGGGCAGGCAGGCAGGCAACGCGAGUCGGACUCCUUCCCUGCCUCGGAUCGGCGGCUCCGGAGCAAACAAGAAGCGGCCAAGGCUCUCCGCCACUUCUCUUCGCGUCUGCGUAAGAAAAAGCAGAGGAGGAGGCGGAGGCGGGCAAAGACGGCGGGGAGUUUUCUUUACGCGGCGUAUGUAUAGAAGGGGGAGGGACCCCGGCGCGCUGCCCUGAACCUCCCCCCCCCGUCACUGUUGUGUUUUUUUUAAGCCAACUCCUUCCAAAAGUCUCUUUUUUUCCAACCCCUUCCCCGAGAAGCAAUUUCCUGAACUCCCCAGAAUAGACAUGAGCUGUCUGGAAAAGCGCUGCCGGCUCCCCAUGCAGACGCCGCCGCCUCGGAGAGCUUCUGGGGGGCUUUCCAGCCCUGCUUAGACGGCAGGACGCUCUCCAAAGGAAACAAGGAGUUUUCUUUCGCGAAAGCGGAGAAACGGCCUCGAUCCUCUUCGGGAUCCGGAUCGCCCAGCAACUCUGGAAAGUUCUCCCGAGCUGUUUGUUUUGAGAUCUCCCGCUCCUCAGCGCGGCUGCUCUUGCUUGGCACUUUGGGAGAGCCCCAGCGCAAGAUAUGUAUAUCUAUAUUUAUACAUCUAUAUGUGUACUCGGAGGUAAGCUCCGUUUUUAAGCGGGCUGGCGCCCGGGUAAAGCGUACCUAGGACUGCGGCUUUCAAUUGGAUUCUCUACCCACCUGCGAGGAAGUCCGACCGAGGAAGCCAGAAACUCGUGCAACGCCAGAGCGGACUUUUGCGCGCAAGCUCGCGCAACCCAUCUUCUCCCCCCCCCCUUUUUCUUUUGUUUUUUUGUUUGGCGGGGUGGAGGUACGUUUGCCUAGGAUCCGACACACACUUUUGGACGCCGUGCUCCCCCUUCCCCACCCCUCCUCCUCGACGGACUCCUCAAAAUUCCCUCCCUCUUCGUGCGUAACCCCCCAACCCAAAGAGGAUGGUUUGGAGACGCCUGGGCGCUCUGCUGCUCUUCCCGGUGCGGAUGCUUUGCUUGGUAGCCAAGGCGGCGGCGUCCACGGUGCUCCCCAGCAAACUCCGCGACUUGGCCGGGGACAGCGUGCUCAUCACCGGAGGAGGGCGAGGCAUCGGGCGCUACUUGGCCAAGGAGUUCGCCAGACGCGGCGCCCGCAAGAUUAUCCUGUGGGGUCGGACGGAGAAGUGCCUAAAAGAAACCACGGAGGAGAUCCGAGCGAUGGGAACAGAGUGCCAUUACUUCAUCUGUGAUGUGGGCAACCGCGAAGAGGUUUACCGACAGGCCAAAGCCGUCCGUGAAAAGGUCGGGGAUAUCACCAUCCUAGUGAACAACGCAGCCGUUGUUCACGGCAAGAGCUUGAUGGAGAGCGACGAUGACGCACUGCUGAAAUCACAGCACAUCAACACGCUGGGACAGUUCUGGACCACAAAGGCCUUCUUGCCGCGGAUGCUGGAACUGCAGAAAGGGCACAUUGUUUGCCUCAAUUCUAUCCUGGCCUUGUCUGCCAUCCCUGGGGCUAUUGACUAUUGCACUUCCAAAGCCUCCUCUUUUGCCUUCAUGGAGAGCUUGACGCUGGGUCUCUUGGACUGUCCUGGAGUAAACGCAACCACUGUCCUGCCAUUCCACACCAGCACAGAGAUGUUUCAAGGCAUGCGGAUCAGAUUCCCCAACCUCUUCCCUCCACUAAAGCCAGAGACGGUGGCUCGGAGGACAGUAGAAGCUGUUCAGCAGAACCAAGCUUUCCUCCUGCUGCCAUGGACAAUGCACAUCCUGAUCAUCUUGAAAAGCAUCCUCCCUCAAGCAGCGCUUGAAGAAAUCCACAAGUUCUCCGGGAGCUACACCUGCAUGAACACUUUCAAAGGGCGCACGUAGGCUCUGCGUCUUGCUCACGCACCAAGCAGGCCGAGAGCCCGACGAGGGCAAUCGGCGGGGCCUCCCGCGGCCACGCGCUUGCUCUCCCUUGCCACGGCGACAGCGUCGAGAGACGUAGCGGAAAGGGGUGGAAGAAGAACUCACAGGGGCAAGGAAGGGGGAUGAGCAACGGCAGCCAUUUGCAACGUAGAUUUUCAGAGGAGUUUCAAAGCCUAGCGGUUUGCCAAGCCUCCCGUGCCGCGUACAUUCCACUUUGGCCUGCUAAUCAGGAAUUGCAAAUUAAUUUAGCGGGGUUUCCUCCCCCAUUUGUGUGUGUGUGUGUUGGGGAAGGGGUGUUCUCAUUUUGUAAAGCUUGUAAGAUUUCACUACCCUUGGGUGAGUGCUGAGACUAGUGGUUAUGAAGAAGUAACAGAAAAAUGGAUACCACUUUUUUUUUUUUUUUUUAGCCAAGGAAGCAGCAAGGACCUCUGGCUCCCACAUGCCAGGAAAAGUGUACGGAAUGUUCCUUAGCAAGGGGCAGCUGGCAGGAGUCUUUGGCAAUGGACAGAGGGAAACAGAAUCAAAUAAUUCUAUUGGGUUAUCCGUAGAUUGUAGGGAAAGGUGCAUCUUGUGUCUGCAAUGCUUGGACCAAGGAAACCAUCACAACUGCUUCAUCGGAUCACACCAAAACCCAGAAUUCUGUUUCCAGCAGCAGACAACCUGAACUCCCUGGGUUGGUUUCAUUCCAUUUGUGUGGAGUAGAUCUACUGCCUCUGAACAGGAUGUGGUCCUUCUUAGCUAUGGUGGUUUAUCACCAUUGAUAGACUCAGUCUUAAUAUGCACAGGCUACAUGCAAGGGUUCUGCUUUUCUUUCUCUUUUUUUGCAAGGAAGGAGCAAGUUAAGGCGAGUCAUGCAAGGGUAUCUCAGCAUUUUUCAAGAUAGGUAAUUGGCGCAUCCUCUUUCUAUGGUGGCCAGAAGCCUUGGGGGAAGGAUCAAAUUCGCACAGACAGACUUCCCAAAUGAGUCCAGCUCUUUGCUCCUAAAAAACACCUCCAAACGGAACACAAAACCAGUCACUCAUGCAUAUACACACAUAUAUAAAUAAAGGGUUUGCUAAGCUGCA